GAAAAAUGUGGGCAGGGGAAUGAAGAGGAUGGGACAGUGCAAGGUUCCUUCCAUGCUUUCGAGGCUCCGUGGCUGACCACUUUGCAACUCGCCACCUAGAGCAUGCACCGUUCACUGAUCGUGGCCGCGCUCGUCGCGUCGGCAGCUGCGCAGUUCACGCCUGGCACGUGCAACAAGGAGCUCACGGACGCCGCAUUCGCGUGCGCCAAGCUCUUUCCUAGCGCGUCGGGCUCGCCAGCCGAGUCGUUCAACAAGAUUGCGUCACCCGACGGCCAUUUGCGCAUCUGCUACGGCGACGCGCCCGAGUGCAACGACCUCCAGCGGCUUGCGCUCACGCCGGCUGGCGACUGCACAGUCCAGGUCUGGAAGGGCGGCUACGUCAACCUCAAGACGAUCAUCUCGCCAUGCCCGAGCCCGCUUCCGCCGCGCGUCCAGGAGAAGCGGCUGUGCACGGCGACGGGGCUGAUCGUCUCCGAGUUCUACGGCCGCAUUUACACGGACAUUGUCCGCCACAACGACAACGAGAUCUUCCUCUACAACGUCAUCAUCAAGACGCUCGUCGCCAAGAGCAACGGCCAGUGCUUGGAAGCCGUGCCCGGCCCGCCGCACCCGUACUUGGGCGACGGCGGCGUCAUGACGGUCCCGUGCCGGCCGUCGGAGCCGCUGCAGCAGUGGACCUUCCAGGACCAGCGCGUCGCGGCAACGACCGCCGGGAUGGCCUCCUUCUGUCUCAACACCAACCCGUUCCUACGCGGGUCGGGCGCCAACGUCGCCCCAUGCAACGUGGGGCAGCUCUCGACGACUACGUUUGUCGAUUGCGCGAGCCUCACGACGUCGUACAUCACCAUCAAGACGCUCAAGAGUGGCAACCGCCUCAGCGAGUACUACACCAGCCUGUACGCCAACGCGCCGGCCAACAACUACAACGAGCUCUUCGUUUGGGACCAAGCCAACAAGAUGCUCAAGGUCGCCAGCAACAACCAGUGCUUGGACGCGUACAAGGACAACGCCGACGGCAAGGUCCAAGUGCACACGUACCCGUGUGACGUCAACAACGGCAACCAGAAGUGGAACUACAACACCAACACCAAGACGCUCGAGCACGCGACCCACGCUGGCCAGUGCUUGGACGCCGACCCGACGUACGCCGACCACCACGCGCAAAUGUGGGCGUGCACGCCCAACAACAUCAACCAGCAGUGGUCCCUCGAUACCUUCUUUGGCUGAUUGCACACUUGAUACAUUGAUACUUUCUGGAAAAUACAGGCGUUGUAGCUUGC